AUGCAGCAGCCGUCCUACCCUCCCUCUAGACCACGACAGGGAGGGCCCCCCAUGGGACCUCCGUCAUUUGGAUUUCCUCCAGGAGGAAUGGGGCCCCCAGGUUUCGGCUGUGGAAAAGGGGCCCCGCCACUGCCAGGGGCGCCGCGUCCCCCAGGGGGCCCCGGAGGCAAUAUGGGGCCCCCAGGGCCAAUGUUUCCUCCUCCGGGGGCCUUUGGGGGCCGACCUCCGUUCAGUGGCGGGCCUCUGGGGGGCCCUCCACCACCUGGAGGGUUCGGAGGCCCUCCGCUGCCUCCGGGGGGCUUUGGGCCGGGAGGACCCCCUUUCGGUGGCCCCGGUGGUGUCCCACACGAGGCGGCAGCAGCAGCUGCAGCAGCAGCUGCUGCUGCUGCGACACUAGCGGCAGCGACGGGUGGGUUUGGUGGUCUGCCUUUUGUCCCGAAUGCGCCUUGUCCUGUGCCACCGGGGCCGCCUAAUGGCGCCAUUCCCCCUCCAGGGGCCCCUCUUGGGAGACCAGCACCUCUGUCUCUGGAUGAGCAUAUGAAGAACGUGAGGCCCUCUGACUACGUGCCGAUCAAGUCAGACAAGGGGCCGCGUCGUGGAGGAGGAGGCCCCUCACAUCAGCAGUUGUUGCUGCAGCGGCUGCAGGAGGAAGGGGACUUCGGUCGCCUGAUGAAGAUGGCUAAGGAGCAGCUACAGCGGGAAGGGUUUGUUUUUGCUGUGCAGCAGCUGGUAGCUGGGAAGCUGAAGGAGGAAGAGGGUGCUGCUGCUGCUGCUGCUGGCAACGAGGAGCAACUGGUCAACCUCAUAAGGGAAGAGGGGCGCAAGCACAUACCUGAGCAUGUGAAGAAGACAGUUCUUAGGACAAUAGAGACACUGGCAGGGCUGGAGGCCCCAAAACCCAAGGCAGAUCCUCAGGAAUCCGGAGAGGAAGAGAAACAGCAGAAGGAGGAAGAUAAGAAAGAGAAGCAGGAAGAGGAGCAGCGGGAUAAGUCUCCGGCGUCUGCUGCACCCGCAGCUGGCGCGUUGGCUACAAGUGUCUCGGUCAGCAGGAGCCGCAGCGUGAGCCGAGGCAGCGUAGAUCGCAGCCGCAGCGGCAGCAGCAGGUCCCCUGAGCCCUCUCCUGACAGGCACAGCAAAGCAGACAGUCAAGAGAGGCAUUUGCUGUGGAGAAGAGCAGCAGCCUUCAGGUCCAUUGCGGGAAGACCCGCCUCUGCAGCUGCUGCAGCUGAGGAAGACGGCCGCCGUAGCAAUAGCAGCAGCAGGAGCAGGGGACGCAGCACAAGCAGGCGACGCAGUGCCAGCAGCAGCAAACGGAGGGGCAGCACCAGCAGGAAGCGGAGGAAUAAGGGCAGGAGCCGGAGCGUGAGUAGCAGCCGCAGCAGCAGGCGCAGCCGGGGCAGCAGCAGAAGCGUAAGCAGCAGCAGGCACAGAAGGACAAGAAGGGGAGAACGCGGUGACAGGGACAAAAAGAGGAAAGAGACGGACAAGGACCACAAGAGCAGCAGCAGCAAAACAACUAAAGACAGAAGGGACAAGGGCAGCAAGCGCAAAGAGACAACAGACGCAGGCAGACAUAAGAGCAGCAGCAAAACACAGAACAGCAGCAGCAGCAGCAAAAAGCAGAGCAGCAGCAGCAGUGGCAGCAAGAAACACAGCAGCAGCAGUAAGAGGUACAGCAGUAGCAGCAAAAAACAAAGCAGUAGCAGCAAGAAACACGGCAGCAGCAGCGGUGACAAACGCUAA